UUAGACUAUCUUUCUCGGCAUUACCGAACUACUCGCGAUGCCCGAACGGGUGAAAACGGUCUUUUUCGAAGACCCGGACGAGAUACCCACCAGUGGAAAAGAAAAAGCCACAACAGCGAAAGAAGACCAAGAAACAGGACCUGUGAAAAGGAAACAUCCCAGCAAAGAGGACGAUAAGAAGAAGAAGAAAAAGAAACGGAAACAUGGCGAGUCAACCGAUAGUUCGCGACAACUACAACAAGUACCGGCAGCCGCAGAAAACAAGCCCGAGCCAUCUGCGCAAAACUCUGAAAAAGAAACAAGCACGAGCAAGAACAACGUGAGCGUCGUAUCCGACAGGCCGAUGCACAAGAAGAAAGACCAGAAACAGAAGCCGCUGAAGGAUACAAAGACCAAUUUCAACUCGUUGAAGGAGAAGGCGAAAACGUUGUAUGGAAUUCGCAAGAACCUUCCUAUCUUCCCUCAUGCCGACGAGAUCCGACAAUACCUGCGCAAGAACGAUGUGAUGCUUCUUAUUGGUGAGACAGGUAGCGGAAAGAGUACGCAGAUUCCCCAGUUUCUGUUCAGUGAACAAUGGUGUCGGCCAACGAAGGCAAAGGUGACCCAGGAGGAUGGUUCGCAGAAGGAGAUAGAGGUUGGCGGCUGUAUCGCUAUUACUCAACCCAGGCGAGUUGCUGCGAUUUCGUUGGCUAGACGUGUUGCAGAGGAAAUGGGUACACCGCUUGGGUCGUCGUCUCCUGCGAGUAAAGUCGGCUACUCCGUUCGUUUCGAUACGUCUACAUCUCCUAGUACGCGGGUUAAGUUCCUGACGGAGGGAAUGCUACUGCAGGAGAUGCUGCGCGACCCUUCGUUGACUAAAUAUAGCGCGAUCGUCGUUGAUGAAGUGCACGAGCGCGGUGUCAAUGUUGAUCUGCUGCUAGGGUUCUUAAGGAAUCUAGUGUCGGGGAAGAGAGAAGGGCGUGGCGGAGUGCCGCUGAAAGUUGUGGUGAUGAGUGCCACAGCGGAUAUGGAGAGUCUACUCGGCUUCUUCCAGGAAGGAUAUCGAGGUUCACAAACAGCGGUAGAAGCACAGAACAACACCAAGGCUGUGACAAACGGCUCUGAAAAGAAAGAUGAUGAAAUCGCCGUCUGCCAUAUCAAGGGUCGACAGUUCCCAGUCAAAACAAUCUACUCUCCUGAGCCUGUACACGAUUUUGUUGAUGCAGCUCUCAAAGUUAUCUUCAAUAUCCAUUACAAAGAGCCAUUGCCUGGAGAUAUUCUAGUUUUCUUGACUGGACAGGAGACUGUGGAAGCCUUAGAGAAGUUGGUGAACGAAUAUGCCGUUGGAAUGGAUCCUGCGUUGCCGAAGAUCCAAGUUCUACCAUUGUUUGCUGCUCUUCCCCAGGCAGCGCAACAGCGCGUGUUUGUCCCUGCACCCCCUCGGACUCGCAAAAUCAUUCUCGCUACGAACAUUGCUGAAACCUCGGUGACUGUCUCUGGAGUACGAUUUGUAGUCGAUUGUGGAAAAGCCAAAGUGAAGCAAUUUCGCUCUCGUCUGGGAUUGGAUUCUCUUUUGGUCAAGCCUAUCUCUAAAUCCGCUGCUAUCCAACGUAAAGGUCGUGCAGGACGAGAGGCACCUGGCCAGUGUUACCGCUUGUUUACUGAAAAAGACUACUUAGAAUUGGAUGAAGUCAACACUCCAGAGAUUCUACGAUGUGAUCUGAGUCAAGCUUUGCUCAACAUGAAGGCUCGUGGUGUCGACGAUGUCAUGGGCUUCCCCUUCCUCACACGUCCCCCCCGGGAGUCCUUGGAGAAAGCCCUUCUCCAGUUACUGAGCAUUGAUGCGCUCGAAGAAUCUGGCAAAGUUAGUCCGAUCGGCCUGCAUAUUGCCAAGCUUCCUCUCACUCCGACUCUCGGUCGGGUCCUACUUGCGGCAUCGGAGUAUGGGGAAGACUGUCUAUCCGAUGUGAUCGACAUAAUAUCUUGCCUCAGUGUGGAGACGAUCUUCUUAAACACGACAUCGGAGGAAAAGAAAGAGGAGGCGGAGAAAGCGCGGCGGGAUCUGUAUCGGAGAGAAGGUGAUCAUCUCACCAUGCUCGCCACCGUGCGAUCCUACGCCGCCGAGAACACCGAUCGUAAGGCGUGGGCUGAAAGGCACAUGGUCUCGCAUCGAGCGAUGCAAGCCGUAAUGGAUGUCCGUAAGCAGCUUACUACUCAAUGCCGUCAAGCUAAACUUCUUUCCAACCCGAAUGAUACUCGAGGUCCCUCUACUAACUCUAUCACCCGGGAACCGUCACCCAUACACAUACUGCAGAGUUUCCUACGGGGUUUUGCUACCAAUACCGCCCGUCUGGUGCCGGACGGUAGCUAUCGGACUGUUGUCGGGAACCAAACAGUGGCGAUUCACCCGUCCAGCGUGUUGUUUGGCAAGAAAGUCGAGGCUAUUAUGUACAACGAGUAUGUGUUCACGAACCGAAGUUACGCUCGAGGAGUGAGUGCAGUGCAGAUGGACUGGGUUGGAGAGGCGCUAGCUGGGCAGUAGCUCUCGUUUUCCUUUUCCAUUUUCUUUUUUCUCUUUUCUGUGGGGCCAUUUGUACAGUUCAGCCCACCUGAUAGAUUACCGGUGUAGAAUUUAUACCCAAUGAACAGUAUACUUCAGCCAGAUCGUCCACUUUGUAAGCCAUUGCAAAAACCAGUUUCUUGACUUUGGACCUUGUAACUUUACGUCGGAAUAACCUCUGCCUUGGGGGAUAUACCCUUCCCCUCUUCCAAUUUCCGCACAUAUGGAUCACCCCAGGAACUAGAAUGAAAGAAUAAGGAAGGCAAAGAAAGCCUCUGCACAGUCGGCCAAAAUCAGUUCUAGACUAAUGUAGAGACGGGUUUGAAACCUGACGGUGAGCAGAAGGAUCAGAGAUGAAAAUGAAAUCGGUGUUCCUGUUAUUCCCCUACUAAUACAAGAUAGUGAUUCUUAUAGUUAGAGACUAUACCUAGAUCGUUACUACGAUAUUCCUGGCAUGUCCCGUAUAAUUGGCGUUAAGGAGUGUAAAUCCAUCUUAGACACCGUCAGCAGUACCUCUUCUACUUCAAGAAGGUGACUGUGGUUCCCUAAGUACUAGUAGCAUGAUUGUGGGCC